UCGUGCUCAAUGCGCUGUAGAUUGUGCGCCAGAGAGCGGGGCAGACAGUACUACGGCAGCAUCUACUCUGUUACCGGAGGACGACUGUUCUCAGUCCCUGAGGGUUACUGCUGUUGUGCAGAGUCCCGUAAACUGAGCCUGUAGGCUACGUUUUCGCUGGUGCAUCCCUCAGAAUAUUCUGAGUAUUGUUUUUUAGGAGCGUGGACAUUUCCGUUUUCAAAAGAAACACAGUCUCUGGGUCUUGAAGUCGGUUGUGUUAACCCCGUUUUCCCAGAGACGCACAAACGACGCACUCCAGAGGAGUCCACCUGGAUAGCUGACAAAGCCGUCCGGUCCCGUUCGAGGUCCUGUGGGGAGAGACGGUGAGGAGAAGUUAGCGCGAAAGGCAAGAGCGAGAGAAGACAGGAUGAAUCUCAAGAGUCAUUUGAUUUUCACCCUCUACACUAUUUAUGGGAUUCUUCUGAAAGUGAUGGCUUCAAAGGGCAAAGUUCGAGGCAUUAGCGGUCAGUACCCUCUGGUUCAGAACAUGACGGUGACAGAGGGUGGGACGGCGAACCUGACCUGCCGUGUGGAGUAUAAUGACAACACCUCCCUCCAGUGGUCAAACCCAGCACAGCAGACCCUCUUUUUCGGGGACAAGAAAGCUUUAAGGGACAACAGGAUUGAGCUGGUGCGUGCAUCAUGGUCAGAGUUGACCAUCAGUAUCAGCGAUGUCACGCUGUCUGAUGAAGGCAUGUACACCUGUUCCCUCUUCACCAUGCCCGUCAGAACAGCCAAAGCCUACCUGACUGUUCUAGGUGUGCCAGAGAAGCCGGAGAUCGAUGGCCUGACAAAGCCUGCCAUGGAGGGAGACCACAUCACUCUGACCUGCAUCACUCAGGGCAGCAAGCCCGCCGCUGACCUCCGCUGGUUCAGGAAUGAAAAGGAGGUCAAAGGUGCCAAAGAGGUGAAUGCAAGUGGGAAGACAUUUACAGUACGGAGCUCUCUGCAGCUGCACGUGGACAGAAAUGAUGAUGGAGUGGCCUACACCUGUAAAGUGGACCAUGUGGCACUCACACAGACACCACAGCAGGCCACUGAAGUACUGGAGGUCCACUAUGCUCCUCGUGUGGAGAUCAUCCACUCCCUUGCAGUCCCUCAGGAGGGUCAGUACUUAAAGCUGGAAUGUGUGUCCAAAGGAAACCCUUCGCCAGAUCCUGUGAUGUGGACAAAGGACGGGGGUGAACUUCCUGACCUGGACCGGAUGAUUGUAGAGGGGAGGGAGCUCACCUUCACUUCACUCAACAAGACAGACAAUGGCACCUACCGCUGUGAAGCCAGCAACCACCUAGGGACCAGCAAUGCUGAAUAUGUACUCUACGUCUAUGACGUCCCCACAACUCUGCCUCCAUCCACCACUCCCCCCCUACAUCCCAUCCCUCCAGAUCCUACUGCUCUAUUAGGCACCCACGCCUCAGACCCCACAGUCACUGGCAACAGAGAUCCCAAUGCUGUGGGGCAGCACGGCACUGACCAUGCCUUGAUCGGAGGAGUGGUGGCUGUAGUGGUCUUUGUCACCUUGUGUUUAAUCAUUGUUCUGGGAAGAUAUCUGGCCAGGCAUAAAGGAACAUACUUGACAAACGAGGCCAAAGGAGCAGACGAUGCGCCCGACGCCGACACAGCCAUCAUCAACGCUGAGGGCAACCAUGCACACGCAGAAGAAAAGAAAGAAUACUUCAUUUAGACUGCAGAGGGAGCUGUGCAGCUCUCUCCUUCCCCUUUCCCUCUUUUAAUCUCUGUAUCUCUUUUUCUCUCUCUCUUUCUCCCCCGUUUCUUCUCCACCUCUGACCACUGCCCACAUCGUGUCAACAAGGAACCCGCCGGCAGUCCAUAGACAGAGGGGUUCCCCAAGUGUUUUCAUAUUAUUGCCUUUUGUUGAGCCCAUUUCUAUCAUUUACAUCUUGUCUUUCUUUCUGGCUUUUAUUUUCCUUUUUUUAGGCAGCCGGUUUUCACAGGCAACUUGCUGUUGCUCCUGAAGCUGUCCCCUUUCUCAUAUUUUUCCUCAUCUCUGACAUGAAUUCCUGGAAGUCUGUAUAUCUACCAUGACUGCUUCUUACAUGACCCCAAGUUCAUCCUCUCUCCCUCCAAGCAGACACCCAAACACAUACUAUAUUCCCUUUGUUCACACACAUCCACAAACACAUAUCAUAUCUCACAUCAACACGGUGCCUAAAAAUACAGACGCCAUUGAACUUCUGUCAAUGCCUUCAUGUAUCGUCUGUCAGUAGCAAUGUAAAUGCUUCGUAGAUGGUUAACUGGACCAUCAUUUCAUUGCUUAUCUCACAGCUUUUGAUUAUGCAUUGCGUCUUUUUUAUUUGAAUGAAGAUCUUUGCUGUUUACGCCUUAUACAUGUCUAUCACACUGAAUAUGGUACUUUUAGAUGAUCCACCUCCCUCCAAUCCCAUCCCCUCUAAAUACACUUGUAAUUAAACAGUUGACCCUUGUAAGAUAAGAAGAAGGUUUUGUGUAACACUGUAGCAAGGUUUGUCAGAUAAGUGUAUAGUAUGAUUUUCAUUAUUAGGGUAGGGGUAAUAAAAAGGUAGUGUGGUGUUGUUUAGAGCAGAGAAUACACACAGAUGCUAGAUGAAGCAUUCCAUCAAAUAAACACAAUCAAGUAUAUAAAACCAUUUGCUAAAUCUGCUGUCCCUAUGUACUUUUGUCUGUAUAUUCCUGCACUGUCCAGGCUGCAGUUUAGCGAAACACCAACACCCUCAGUGUCCUCUUGACAGCUUACAGUAGUUUGUGAUUCACAUAAAGGGUUCAGGUGUACAGAAUGAGUCAAUCUCCUCUCUCUCUAAAAGUUGUAUAAAUUGUAUUGAAAUGAGUUUAGCUUUUCACGUUGAAUUAUUUUGUUUAUGUUUAUGUCACAUUGGAAUCAUUUUAAGGCUUAAGGACCCCGUGAAAUGUAAAAUUAAACAUUAGGACGUAAUACAGGAAAAAAAUAAGUUCACAGUUACAGUAUGUACAGGAAAUUUAGUGUUAAAUAAAUUUUCCUCACUCUUUUAGUAAUGUCAUUUUGAUCGAUACCUCUUGUAAGCUUGAGGUCCAGGCAGCUUUCCACAGUGGUUUGUAUACAACUUCCUGUUCAUUUACUGGCCCAUAGAUAAGCAUCUAAUCAUAUUAUGAUUUUAUACAAAAAGUGAUAAUGUCAGUUUGACUAAAAUCACAUUUUCUGUUUGUAUCGCCACCUAAAAAAUUUAAACAGUUUCUAACAAUUUAGUUGAUGUAGAUAUCACCAACGUGUUGUACACUCCCACCUGUCAAACUGCAUAACUGCUCUUCUUGUUUCCAUUUUGUCAGAGUUGCUCUCCAUGAACUGAACUUUGAUUUCCAUUUCAUGGGGUCUUCAAGGGAAAAAAAGAAAGGAAAUAGUGUGUGAGUGCCAGGUCAUAGAUCUGCAGGGGCCUCCUUUCCAAAACUAAAAACUGAAGACAAAUAGAGAAGCACAAAAAUGUCUGAAUGAGUAAAUGUGUUCCUUUGCCAACAACUAGAUUGCCUUGGGAAUGGUUCUUCUAUUCAAAUGGGUAGUGGAAAGAUGACAAGGCUGUCUUUGAUUAAAUUCUGGAAGAAAAAAAAUACAGUGCAUCUUUUUCAAAAUGUAAGCUAAAUCAUGUUUUUUAUAAAAAAAAAUGUUUCUAAUAUUUUUGGUUUAAAUGGUUCUAAGCUCCCUGCUGUAUAUUGUGUCUGCUAAAAUGUGGUUGAUUGUGAAAAUUGCUGUUAAAUUCUGGAUUCCCAUAUUCCUUCAAAUUUGUAUAUUAGCCACCUUAUCUAUUUACUUUGUUUCAUUUUUCAUUGCAUAAUCCUUAUUAGAAAACUUUUAAACAAAUGUAUUUUGUUUUUGGCACAAGGCAUGUAUAUAAUGUGUGAAAACUAAACUUUGGUAAUACACAUUAGCAUGUUUUUGUUUGGUUCUUUUUCAUGUUUAAUUUAUUUGAACUGAAGUUAUUUAAGAGCGAACCACAGUGAAAGUAUGUUUGUAAUUUAAUUUUGGAGAACAAUGGCUUCUUGUGUUUGUGGCGUGCUCUUGGGUGCUACAGAUCAGAAGGAUUUGGUGUUUUAGAAAAUAUGAUUAACAAAAAAAGAAACAUUACAAAACUCAGUGAAACAAAUUAUGGUGUCCCGUACAUUGGCCUUUUUAAAUUGGAAUUCCAUUAAAAGAAAAUAAAAGUUUCACACACACUAAGACAAACAUAACAUAUCCUAGUCAACACCUUCUGUUUCUUUUCAUAUAUCCUUGCCAUUUUUGUUUCAUUACUAUUGGAAGAAUUUUGAUUUACUCUCCUAUGAAAGGGCGAUAAACACUGUGGCCUCUGGAACUAAAGACUUAAAGGCAAGGCACUAAUCUACUAAGAGUGAGCAAAUUAUUACCAAGGGCAAUAAAAUAGUGAGCCCAGCUGUCUCCAAUCCGAUGGCCAAUUUACAUCAUUAUGCAAAUAAGUUCAGCAAGUAAGGUCUUUCUCUGUGUGUUAUAACGCAGGCACUGCUGGAGUGAAUCACAAGUUGGGAAUCAUUAGAUCGAUCACCUCAGUUUUUGCCCCAUUUAGGUUGCGUAUUACAUUUUAAUACGUUAAUUAUUUGUUUUAAAAAGCUUAAGCUUUGCCACAGUUUCCAUAUUUUACUAUUUUAAUGCACUUCAUUCAAUACACCACUAUUUACAGGUUUAACUUCAUCCUCACCACGAACCUUCAGCAGAUCCAGACUAAAGUGUUCUAGACUGCCUCUGGUCUUUAGAAACCUUCUGUAUCACACGUGUGUGUAUAGAUGCAUUUAUCACAAUGAAGUAAUGUCUUGUUCUCUUUUUUUUUUACUUUUCUAUCUAGUUCUUUCCGUUGUGUCUUAAAUCAGUGACGUGCAUUCACAUUUUCUGUUGCUUUACGCCCAUGUAUCCAUCUCAGAAAUAAGAGUGGUCGAACCGAUUUGUUGAUUCUGAAGUCAGAGAAACAGACUGUUUUAUAUUAAAUGAACACUCAUAAAUUACCAUGCCUGCAGUGAUGAGUCGGUGUGUGCAUUAGAAAUGAAACAGGUGCCAUUUACUGAAUUAUGCAUUCUAAUUUGAUGGAUAUUUCUUAGUAAAUGGUGAAAUGUGUUUUGUUUGUCUUUCUGAAAACCACAUGUAAAUAUUUGUUUUGACAUGAUAGUAAUGAGCUAAUUUGUUGCAAAUGGCUUUUUAUGACAGUUAGACCAAACCUGAAUCUUUUUUUAAUUUGUUAUUCUAACAGCCUGGCACAUAUCAACAUGCACUACGUUACUAUGAUAGAAUCAACAGUAGCUCUGUUACAGCUUGGGGUCAGAUAUUAGUUGUAUUUGCUUUUUGUUGUCGGUCGAAACUAAGCUUUAAACUUGUUGCCUUCUUGCUUUCCAACAUAUAUCGGUUAACAUCUACAUCAUGGGCCUCUAAUUUCAUCCUGGCGGCAAGAUUGUAACAGCACUAAUGUAGUUGCAGUACCAUUUUCAUUGAGCUCAAGUCCAUUUUUUAGACUAGUCUCUGUUUGGCACUUUCCUGGCUCCAAACAAACCCACUUUCUUUGACUGAAGGUGGGAGUGGUGCAGCUGAGGUUAUGUGUUUAUGCAGAUCAGGCAGUGCAAUACUGGCAGUAAUUUUGGCAUGUAAUUUCGCACAAUUUUGAGAACAAUUUUCAUUGGUGGUGGCACAUACAGACCUGUGCAAAAUCACAAAAAACACAUUCAUGUAUGCAUGAGUUUUGCCUCUUUCACUGUAAAUGACCUACCUACCUAGUUUGUAAUGGGUUCAAUAAAUGGGUAAAUUCCAGCAGUAUUGUUAUUCACAGCUGCUUAUAGGAUUGUAGGAUCGUUCCCUUUCAGUUAAUUAAACCUGCAGCCAUCAGCAGCAGGAAUCAUGUGCGUGUGUUCUACCUGUAUUAGGCAACAGACAGUAAUAAUAGAAACACAUUUUAUUAUACUACGAGUUACUGCCGAUGUUGACUCACAUCACAAGAUUUCUGUGCAUCCUGAAAUGUAAACUCAACUCAAAAAUCAGAUAUCAGAACAUUCUUGGACGCAUGUUUGGGGAGCUGUUCAUUUGUGCCUUGCAUCUCCGCACCUCCAGUUUGCUUCUUCACCCUCCUACUGCCUCUGCUUUUUUUUUAAAGAGGGAUGAGAUGAGCUGAUGCGAUUGGUGAUUAUUGAGGCUUGUCCAAACUCCACCUGCUGAUACUGCAUUAUGUAUUCAUCCUGCUACAGCCUUUUCACCACACUGCACUGCCACAAGAGCACCUCUGCUCACAAAAUAUUGGAGUCAGUCGGGCACACACAUACACGUACUUGGCCCCAGGUUUACGCUAGCAAUUGUCCCCAGUUUCAGGAAAUUAGAGGCCCUUAUCAACUAAAAAUAUCAACUCUGAAUCCCUGAUUAAAAAGGGGUGAAUAAGAAGGUAAUGGCCACUUUCAGUCAUAAUCUGUCUGAACUAAUUCUUUUUUUAACUGGAUUGGUUUAAAUUGUGUUUAAACUCUUGGUAUUAAUGGUUUUGUUCUCCACGGCAGUGAUGAUAGCAUGACCUGGUCCAGUCCUGUCGCUCCUCCUCUGACCCCUCACAUGUCUUUGCUGUACAGUUUGGCUUCAGUGCACUUCUUUGUUCCUCUGCAAUACUGACACUAGAAUCAAUCAGCCCAAUCUCCAUAUAGUCACAAUGAUGACAGCAACAUCUGAAACAAUCGCAUGUAGUAAUGUUUAAUCUUUUUUUUCCUUUUGAUUAUAUCUGUUUAUUUUAUUUUGCAUCUCAGGAAUAUAUUUCAUUUAGAUAUUUUUUGUUUGUUUGUUUGUUUGUUUUCUGUCUUAAAACAGGGACUUGUGACCACUUCUCACUCUGCUAGUCCCUGAAUGCUGACACCAUGUAUUUUGUUGAGUUUAAGAUUAUCACAACGUUAAUAAAAUUAUUCAGUGAUUCUUCAGUUAUUCUGUCAUCUUGCUGUCAUUGGGAUAUUAGACUUAAGAAAAAGUUUUUUGAUAUGAUCACUGACUUGAAAUACUGACAUCUAGAAAUAUGCUGCAAAUAAUCAUGAGUUUAUAAGUUGUGUUUAUUCACAAUGUUAUCUCAUUUUAGCUUAUGGUAUGUAAGCAGUUCAAUGCUUUUGUCCUCUAUCAUAAUGUUUUCCUUGUAGCAACACACUUUAUGUAUAUCAGUCUUUAGAUGGAAGGAGUUGUAAUGAACUAUCACUCACGAAAUACAAAAUAUCCACAGUAAAGCUCAGCAAAGAUCAGGAUUAGAGCUAUUAGACGCGUUAGUUCAGCUUCUGAUGUACCUUGGUGAAAUAAGGGGUUUUAUAUCAAGCUGUUGAGAGGGCUUGAUUCGAUAUAUAGCACCGUAAUGGAGGUGUUUUUCUCCCAUUGUCUGUGGGAUUUAUUAUAUUUAAUUUAGAGGUUCGUUCUCAUGUAUGAAAUAAAAAUUGUUGAAUAAAUAGUUGCCAGAA